GUCAACGAAGAAGAACAUAUAGCGGAUGUAAACACGGAUAACCCAAACAGGUUAUUUCCAAGGACAUUAAAAGCGAUGUUUUAUCUCGUGUCUAUUUAAACAUUUUUAACAGACUUACUUAAAAUAUGUCGCGACUUCCCCCGUUGUUAUGCUACGUGUACAACAGUGUACGGAGUGGAGCCAUGUGGCGGAAGGAUCGUGUAGGGCUGCCCUCCUCACCUCCAGCCGGCCUCACAUGGGUGCUGGUGGCCGGCAAGAAGGACCUGAUAGACCUGCCCGUCCUGGAUGAAAGUCAGCUGGAGGAGCAGUUUGUUAGAGGAUCUGGACCCGGUGGUCAGGCCACUAACAAGACCAGUAACUGCGUGGUGCUCAAACACAUCCCUUCUGGGCUGGUGGUUAAGUGCCAUCAAACCAGAUCAGUGGAUAUCAAUCGGAAGCGAGCCCGGGCGAUCAUGCAAGAGAAACUGGAUGUAUUCCACAAAGGGGCGCAAAGCGAAAUCCUUGUGAAGAAGAAAGAGUCUGAAGCAAAAAAACAAGAAAAACGGAGGAAAGCCAAUGAGAACCUGGAGAGAAAAAGACUGUUUAAAGCAGCCCUGGUUGCUGAAGCCAAGCCUGGGAGCGACAUUGAUUAAAAUCCAUCCAUCCAUCCACCCAUUUUCUACCGCUUGUCCCUUUUGGGGUGGCGGGGGGGGAGGGGGUGCUGGAGCCUAUCCCAGCUGCACUCGGGCAGAAGGCAGGGUACACCCUGGACAAGUCGCCACCUCAUCGGAGGGCCAACUCAGAUAGACAGACAACAAUUUAAACCCGCAUUCUCACGCUAGGGCUGAUUUAGUGUUGCCAAUCAACCUAUCCCCAGGUGCAUGUCUUUGGAGGUGGGAGGAAAACCCACGCAGUCACGGGGAGAACAUGCAAACUCCACACAGAAAGAUCCCGAGCCCGGGAUUGAACUGGGGACCUUCGUAUUGUGAGGCACAUGCAUUAACCCCUGUACCACCGUGCUGCCCCCAUAACAAACCUAUCCAAGUUUAAUACAAUUAUCCCCAAAACAGACCCACAACAGUCAUAUAAGGACAAUGUACACAUUUGGUACCCAAUGGAUGUAAAUAUGUGCCAUGUAUUAUUUGAGAAAAAUUAAGUAUUUAAUGUGAGCAUCAAUGAUGCCCUUUUUUAAAAAAUAUUGCAGUAAAAUAACAAGAUAAAUUAAACGAGGUUACUUUCAACUUGCUGGUUUUUGAAACUACACGGGAAACCUUUUUGUACUGUUUACGGCUGAAAACUUUAUUGUGAAAGUCUGUUGUAACAGGAUGUAUUGCACUUCACUAACCGGAAGUGGGAGAAAAAAUGCCGGUGUUCGACCAAGAGGUAAAUAAUAAAGAGCUCUCUAUAAUACUUCUCGUGUAUAGCUAAUCACAACACUUUUAACCAGAAUCUGACCCUCUUUGUUGUUACGAGUAUGAAUUAUAUUAAUAUGAUAUAACAGAAAGUUUCAAAAGAGAACCCAUAUUUCCCCGUUACCAGCCAUUUAACAUGGGCUCCAAUGCAACCAAUGAGAGAACGCCUUUCCGUGGCGAUGACCCCGCCCAUCUGUAUGAAAUAACCAAUCAGAGCAGCUGUGGGUUUUUAAACUCCACCACGUUUCCAGCACACAGUAGUUUGUAUGUGCUGCCGUCUUUAACAAUAAACUAGCGAGGGGAAAAGUGGACAACGAGCGGUACAUUUAAUUUGUCGCCACUCACAACGGAAAUGCAUUUGUGAAACUGAAAUGGCAAAAGG